AUGGUCAGGGUAUCUGCUAAUGGGAAGGAGGCCCUCGAUGCUUUUGCCGCGGCGGUCCUGGUAGAGAAAAAGCUGCCAACUUUCAUCGCCAGUGCCACCAACGUCGACGGGGAAAUUUACUCAAAGUCUGGUGGGCGCAAAGUGGUUAAGGAUCCCAACAGCGGCGUUGUCGAUCUGGAUGGUGUGUGGUGGUUAUACAGCCAGACAAAGAUGAUCACCCAUCUAGCCACCCUCCAGCUCAUUGAGCGUCUGCUCUUGGACCCUUCUGCGCCAGUAUCAACCUUCUUCCCCACAUUUGCGAACCCAAUUAUCUUGGAGGACGUCUCCUCUGACGAGAGUUCCUACUGA